ACAGCGUAUUUGUUGAUGUUAUCUUUCUUCCAAAAACGAUGCCUAUUUGGUAAAGCUUAUGGCUGUAGAAAUAGUACUGGGAAAGGAGAGGUGAAGAAGUCUUUUUUUAUGAUUCCUCGAUCGAACAGUAACGAAGAAAAGUUGCGUUGUUUGAGAUGGAUAAACAACAUGGGUCGUGCCGAUGUGAACAUCAAUACCUUGAAAUUUGGUAAAGACGCUGUGUUAUGCGAAGAUCAUUUUCACCCAGAUUGUUUAAAAAAAGAAAUAACAUUGCCGGAAUAUUUUACGAAAAGAAAAAAGAAAGAGUUAGUACCGGGGGCAGUGCCAACAAAAUUUUCGCACAAAACAUACGAUGAAAUAAACAUGGACGGCACAAAACAUUUACAGCAACGAAAAUUAUCUGUUAGACGAAGUGAAGAAUUAGCACGUUCUGAACUUAUCGGCCAUCUGCUAACGGAAAACGAAGUUUCUCAAAACGAAACUGUGAAUGUUCAAACAAAUCCAACUUUGGUUGAAGAAGAAACCAUGAUGAUCAUAAAUGUGAAGGAUAUUAUUGAACCAACCCACAAGAACGUUGGAGUUCAAUGUGAAAUAUCACUAAGCGACUUAAACAGAAGCUGUCAAACGGAUCGGUUAGAAUCAUGUGACUUUGAAGCGCAAGCUCCCGAGUAUUAUUCCAUUUCUGCUAAUUACGUUGCCGUGGUAAACGAUCACGCAUAUUCCAAAGAAAAAACUGUUUGCUCCACUCCUUCUAAAAGAAAGCACGUUUGUGAGGACGUCUCACUCUCUCCUAUAAACUCGUCAUUACAAUCCUUACCAACUGACGAUGAAAAAGACUCUGAUUACAUCGCUGAAAGUGCAGAAGAGUCAAUCAAUAUUAGUGAUGCUCAUGAAACCGAACGAAGCAUUUUAAAAGAAAAGAAAUUUGUUGUUUUCGAAAGCAUGCUAGAUGAAAUAUUUAACUUACUGCCCUGUCGUUCAUGUGAUGGAACCGCAACCAGUAUCGAAAAGCGUGAGCAGGGAACGUGUGUACUAUACAAAGGGUAUUGCAUCAAUGAGCAUGUGGUUUUUGACUGGAAAAGUCAACCCAUGCUUGGAAAAAUGCCGGCAUUUAAUUUGUUGCCAUCCUCUGCAAUAUUUUGUUCAGGAAACACAUAUGAAAGGGUGAAGAAAGUUGCGAAUUUUUCUGGUUUAAAUUUUGUCAAUCAACGAACAUACUAUGAUGUUCAGCGAUCACUGAUAAUCCCAACUGUAAACGACCAUUUCGUGAAAAAUAUUGCCAGUGCAAGAGAGGAUAGUCGGGGAGAGAAUGAAGCACGUCUUGGCGAUGGCAGAUUUGACUCACCUGGUAAAUCUGCCAAGUAUUGCACAUAUAGUUUACAAUCGUCAGCGUCUAACAAAAUUGUUGCGACAACCACAAUCCAAACAACAACCGGUAAAGGUUCGGCGCCCUUGGAGUUACAAGGCUUCAAAAAUUGCCUUGAGCAGUUAAGUUCCGAUAACUAUCCUGUAGGACGAGUUGCCACGGACCGAAACAGGCAAAUCGCUAAAUGGAUACGUGAAAACAGGUUAGAUAUCAUGCAUCGGUAUGAUCCAUGGCAUUUUGCUAAGAACAUCAAAGCCAAACUUAGACCAUUAGUAAAACGAAAAGAUAGGCGAAUAUUACAGGAUUGGAUCAAACCAAUAGGAAAUCAUCUUUUCUGGUGUGCUGAAAACUGCCAAGGUGACCCAGAGCUGCUGGUGCAAAUGUGGAAGUCGAUAGUUCAACAUGUUACGAAUAAACAUAAUUUCGCGAAGCAAUAUCCCAAGUAUCCCAGGUGCCGACACGAAGCCUAUUCUAGUGCUGAGGCACGAAAGAAGAAGUGGAUUGAGAAACAUUCGCCAGCGUAUAAUGCAUUGGAAGAAAUCGUCCUUGAUAAAAAAAACUUGAAGGAUAUGGAACUUCUUUGCGAACCAUACCACACAGGGGGCGUGGAAGUUUUUCACUCACUGAUAACAGCGUACGCACCAAAACGGCAACAUUUCGAGUUGAAUGUGAUGAACGCCCGAGUGAAGUUGGCUAUCUUGGACCAUAACAAUAACGUUGGUCGAAAGCAGGCUGUUGUAAAAUGCGCGCGUAAAGGGAGUCAGAAGGUCGGUGAAAAAAAGUGGAAGUUUGUCUCAAGCAAAUUGAAUAAAGAGUGGGUCGCGAAACCUGUGGAAGAACCCAAGUCUUUCAGUUUUGUUGAUGCGAUAAUGAAUGACAUAAUUGAAAGAAAGGAGAGUGGGGUAAAGAUAAAGAUCUCUGGUAAAGAAGUUGUAAACAAGCUUAGUCGACCACGUAACAUUGCUCACACGGCCAGACCUGACACUUCGAAAAUUUUAGAGAAACGGAAUUAUGCAAAACUAUUCAAAAAAUAACUCUGGUCCGUUGUACUUUAUUCCGCUUUUUUGUUGUUGUUAUUGUUUGUUUAAAAAUGUUAAGUCCCGUUAUAUGUCAACAAAUUCUUUGAAUCCAGUAUAUUUUCCAUCUGAAUCAGGAAAUUCUUCCCUUAUUUUCCGCACAACACAAGCUGGAAUCACCACGCGACAUCCUUUUCCAAGCCUUUCAUAAUAAUGUACCCAGGCCGUGUACUGUCGGUAACUGGUGUACCUCAUUUCCCUACAACGGAAUCAAAGUUUAUGUUAUAGUGUAAACCAGGAUAAAAUAUUCGAAAGAAAUUAUUUAUUCAUCAAAACUUCUUUGAAACAAAUUGUUAUUUGAGGCACAUGGGCUCUCCUCCUUUUUUAUUAGAUAUUCAAGGAAUGACAUUAUUUUUAAUUUAAUUAAAUAAUCUGCGAUGGUGUGUAUUUUUAUAGCGCAUGGACCUGAAGAUUAUAAAGCGAAAAGUGAGAAGAUAAGAAGAACGUUUUAUUUGUGUGUGACAAUGAGAAAUAUGGUCUGUGAAAAUAUUUACGAGAAACAUAUUUUUUGAAGAAAGACUUACUUAUUAGUAUAUGUGGA